UCAGAUCCAGACUCCAUAUGGAGUGGUAGAAGAAAAUUCCUGAAUGCUUUGCUUACUAAGGCACUGUAACAUGGAACAUAGCACCGAUGCGGGGAAGGAAAUGUAAUAUAAUUGUCUGUAAUGGAGAAGUCAGAAGAUAACAUUGUCAUAGGAGAAGCUGAGUGGAGGAGUUAAAGCAUUUGCAGUCAAUUUAACUGCUCUCCAGACACUUCUCUCUGCCUGACAUUGACCUGAGUAACAAUGUGUUCCAGGGUGUUUGUGUUCCUGAUUGGAGCUGUGUACAUCUACUAUCAGGUCCUUGCAACUGAUGUCUACGUCGCUGAGCUGAUGGUGGAGAGUAAUGUCACAUUGGAAGCCAAGACCGUCUUGUCAGUUUUGAAUGCAGCUGAACUCCAAGUGACCAGCAGUGGCAUAUCCUACACAGUGAAUCUCUUAAACAGUGAACUGGUAGCAGAGUGCCUGAUUAUUGGAGAUGAAUCCAGUUGCAACUGCUCUGAUGGAUACAUUUGGAGCAACAGUGUGUGCUACACUUUCAACUGUUGCCGUGAAACUACUUGCACACAAAAUGUGUCCCACAUCACACCUCUCUGUGUUGCCAAAGUCAAAGUUAAAAUCAAUGGAUCAGUUACACUGGUGGCGUCCAGUGUAACCUGGGAUACCACCAAAACUUCUGAGCUUGUAACUGCCUUUGAACAACUGAAUGGCUUUGAGUACCUGAAUGUAACUGGUCAAAGGCUAAGUGAUACCGUUGCUGACUUUGAGGCAGCAGUCAGUGUCAGAUUUGACACUUCUAGACUUCAAAACAUAGUGACUAAACUGCAAAACACACUUGGAGGUGUAUUUAAGGUCGACACUGUAGGAAUGGUCACCAUAGAGGCCCCAAGGACUACAGUGUGCUACAAGUCCACUCCAAUACUGAAAUGUACAUUUGAGGAGGCGACGGACACUGCUGGCUGGAACAUGAGCAGGAGGAAUGAGCGAUUUGAGCUCAACACCGGCAGUGUAGUGUCUCUGGACUACAGCUGUUCCACAGAGAAAUACAAGUCUUGUGUUAAAGUUACACUCAACCUUGUGACAGGUGCCUGGUCAGGCACAUACGAGUGUGGAUUCGUUAGGGGGUCAAUCAGGCACACAGCCAAGGCGCAACUGAGUGUGGCACUCCUCCCUGAUGUGAUCAACCUCAAGACCAACCCUCUUACUGCGGACUGUUCGGGGAACUCUGAAAAUGUUCCUGUUCCUGUUGCUGUCACUGCCACCGUCUUAAAUAGCACAGAGAAUUUUACAGUCUGUUGGAAUUACAGCCUUGGUGGGGUAAAUUCUGAAAAACUACAACCCCAACCUGAUGGAAAUUACCUGGUCUAUACUUUCACAGUUCAAGUCACUUGCAAGAAGACCAAAGAACCACAAUAUGUUUAUGUGACUUUUGAAAACCAGAAGAAACAGUUUAAAAGUGAACGAGUGGAUAUCCCAGUAAUUUAUGAGGGUGCAACAUUUUGCAAAGAGGACUGGAUAAAUGGAGAGCAGUGGCCAAAAACCCCAUCUGAAAAUACCGUGAUUAACCAAACAUGUCAACUGGGCAGGGUUGGCUAUAAGUCACGCACUUGUAAAGGCACAAACUGGCAGCCAGUGUUCUCAUACUGCGUCAACCAAGAGUUGAACAAAGUUUUAGGUGCCGCAGACAACUUCCUACAGGGACUCGGAGCUACCCAGGAUGUUGCUAUGGAUAUAUUUUCAGGACUUAAAAACAGCUCAGCUUCUGAUUCUGACUCUGAUGACGAGACGGCCGAUGUUAGUGCUUCCAUCAACGUUCUUAAUGUGAUGGCGAGUGCAUCGAAAAAUGUUGUCUUGAAUCAGGAAAUCUUUCCCGAUUUUGUUGAAGCAGCAAGCAAUAUGUUGAACAAGACCUGGUCUGGAGUCAACAGCACUGUUGUUCACACCAUGUCAGCAACUUACCUUGAAUCUGUGGAGGGUCUGGUGAAGAAUGUCAAGGUCAACAACAGCAGAGAAGUCAAAGGAGUCGACAGACCAAACUUAAAGCUCGACAUCUGUUCAAGUACCGACUGCAAUGUGACUGUGUUUGACAUCAACGUGAAUCUGAACAAGACCAGUGGAAUACUGAAAACUUUUGCUGUGAAAAAUCUAAUGCAUAAAUUAAGAAACAUCUUCCCCAAAACGGCACCUACCAGCCUUGUACUAUCAGCCAUACUAGAGAGCAACAAUGAUUCAAUGUUAAAUAUUACGCUGAAGUUCCCCAGGGAGCAGCUGAAUUCCAGUGAAGCUUUCUGUGUCUUCUGGAACACCACAGAAAUGAACUGGUCAAAAGCAGGAUGCAGUGUAAAAACUAGUGAUGAUAACCACACAGUCUGCGAGUGCAACCACCUGACUUCAUUCUCUGUCCUCAUGGCCAAAGGUGAUAUAUCUACUGAAAGCCUAGAUAUCAUUACCAGUGUAGGCCUGGGUGUGUCCAUCUGCUCCUUGCUGAUCUUCCUCAUCAUUGAGUCUCUAGUGUGGUCAGCUGUGGUCAAGUCCAACCUUUCACAUUUCCGUCACACAGCCAUGGUGAACAUUGCCAUGUUCCUCUUGCUCGCUGACUGCAGUUUCUUGGCUUCCACUUCACCUGAAGAUCUCAGCAGCACAUUGUGCCUAGUUUUGACCAUAUGUAAACACCUGUUUUUCUUAGCCAUGUUCAGCUGGAUGCUGUGCAUGAGUGUCAUGCUCGUCCACCAGCUCAUCUUUGUCUUCAGCCCACUGAGAAAAAGAGUCUUCAUGUUCCUCUCCAGCAUUGUAGGCUAUGUUUGCCCAAUCCUAAUAGUAGGUUCUAGCUUUGUGUAUUGCAAAUACACGGACAAGAACUACUAUGAUCCAAAAACAUGCUGGCUUGUUUUUGAUAGACUUUUGGAGGGCUCCAUACAUGCUUUUCUCCUCCCUGUGGGAACUGUUAUUUUGACAAAUCUCUUUUCCAUGGUGGUCGUCAUUCUUACUCUGGUGAAGUCCUCUGCCACUGAUGGGGGAAAGUCAGAUGACAAAGAGACAGCCAAAGGCAUCCUUAAAGUAGUGGUUUUUCUAACGCCAGUCUUUGGAGUAACAUGGAUUAUUGGCUUCUUUCUGCUCAUUUUGGACCACCGCGAUCCCAUGUUUGUUGUUGCUAACUACAGUUUCACCAUCCUCAAUUCCUUCCAGGGCCUUUUCAUUUUGAUAACAGGGUGCAUUGCAGAGCAGAAGGUACGAGAGGAACUGUUAAAGCUCAUAAUGGCAAAAUCAAAAGGAAAAAGUGAGAGCAUGAAAAAUUUGACUUCAACCACGUACACUAAAGACAAAUGAGGACUGAGAUUAUGAAGACGGAAACAGCAACUCACAUUUAUGGCACUCCACUUGUAGCCUAUGAGAGAACACAUCUUAGAGUUUGCUUUGUGUUAGAUUAUAGUUCCUAGAUGGUAACAAAUGUGUACAUGGGUAUCCUAAAACCAGGCUAAUUGUUAAGUAAAGCUUAGUAAAUAGAACACUGAGGUUUUCAUCAUAUUUAUGAAUUUGACAGAACUGACCUUUAUCAUUAGUAGUUGUGAGCUAGUAGGUUGUUGUCAUCCUCAGCUAAGGCUAACAGAGAUUUCACAUUAAAUGAAAUCCUCCUGGCAGGGAGGAUUAUGUUGAUAUGGUUAAUGCAUACAUUUUCUCCUCUGUCUGUACCACUAAAUUGGAUGUUGUGUAUUCUGUAAGUCCAGACUGUGAGUGCUGACUCUAUAUAGAACAAAAUAGACAUGUUUGGAUUGGUUUGAUAGUUUUGUUUAAAAGGAAAGUGACAUGAACUAUAACCUGUAUACUGUGUGUCAAACCACUAUAUGUAUCUAAAUUAUAUGUAUAUGGAAUAAUAAGUAAUGAAAUAAAAACAAGGCAUCAAAUGUU